AUGUCGCUGGCGUCCUAUCUGCCGGGAUUCCUGGGCGGCAAGGAAGAGCGCGCGGGCGUGGCGCCGCCCCAGAUGAAGCGGUGGACGACGGGGCUGGACGGGAUCGACAAGCUGGAGAUGGAGGAGGGCGUGGACGUGCCGAGCCCGGGCGACGGCGAGGUGCUGGUCCGGAUUCACGCAGUCAGCCUGAACCAGCGCGACAAGGAGGUCUGCAGCGGCGAGGGGCACAAGACAAAGACGGCUCCGGCUCCGGCUCCGGCCCCGGCGUCGGGCCGUCGGCAGCCGCAGCGGCUGGUUCCGUGCUCCGACAUGUGCGGCGUCGUCGUGCGCAGCCGGUCCCGGCUCCUCGCGCCCGGAGCCCGCGUCGCGUCCAUCUUGCUGCAGACGCACCUCGCGGGGGCCGUGGGCGAGGACGACCUGGACAGCGCCCUCGGGCUGCCCCUGCCCGGCGUGCUCGCCGAGUACCGCGUGUUUGCGGCCGUCGCGCUGGUCCCCGUGCCGGCCUACCUGUCCGACGAGGAGGCGAGCUGCCUGCCCGUGGCGGGCGUGACGGCGUGGACGGGCCUCAACUGGAUGCGCCCGCUUGGGCAGCACGUCGGCGCUGACGCGGGCCCCGGGGGGCGGCGGGCCGGGUUCGUCCUGGUCCAGGGCACGGGGGACGUGGCCGUCGCGGCGUUGCAGGCCGCCCGCGCCGCUGGGUACAAGACCAUCGUGACGUCUUCGUCGGACGACAGGCUGAGGCGCGCGGCGGAGCAGCUGGGCGCCGACCACACCGUCAACGACAAGACGCACUGGGAGUGGCAGGGGCCCGUGAUGGAGGCCACGGGCGGCCGUGGCGCCGACCUCAUCUUUGAGACGGGCGGCGCGCGCACCAUCCGCAAGAGCUUCGAGAGCGUCGCGUUUGGCGGAGUCAUCAACUGCAUUGGCGACGUGUCUGGCGAGGCGGACGGGGAUCCCGACAAGGCGCCGCUGCUGCAGCGGCUCAAUGUCAGCGGGCUGGUCUUGCGGCGCAACGUCACGCUGCGCGGCAUUGUCAACGGCGGCAAGGACCGGUUCGAGGAGAUGCUGGGCUUUUACGAGGAGAAGAAGAUCCGUCCCGUCGUCGGUAGGGUCUUUGCCUUUGCCGAGGCCAGGGAGGCCCUGGCGUGCUUGGCUGCCGGGGAGCAGUUCGGAAAGGUGGUCGUCAAGGUGUGUGAGGGCUAG